CAUCUGUUGAUACGAGUCGAGUUUACGUACGAUCACGUACCGGUACGAGUGGGAACUGAGAAAUAUUUCCACCAGUUCGACGAAUAUUUGAGCGUUUUCCACCGACCAAGUCAUAAUGGCAACCAGAAAAGUGGAGAUUGAAUACUGCGGUGGAUGAGGUUACUAUCCCCGCUUCAUGGAUCUCCAUAAUGACAUAAAGUCUGGAGUUCCUGGAGUGGCAGUGGAUGGCAGGGUCGGCAGGAGUACUUCGUUUGAAGUGACCCUGAACGGCAAACUGCUGUUCUCCAAACUGAAGACUGGAGGAUUUCCCAUCAACACGGAGAUCGUCACGGCUAUUAAGGAGUACAAAGGCGAGGGGGACGUGACCCCUGUCACUAAUACAGCCAGCAAUUGCGUCUUGCUGUAAAGACACAGCCGCUGGCAAAGCACCCGACACCUUGUCUGCCUCUGGAAUGCAUUUGCCCAUCCUGGAUUUUGUCACAGUCUGUUCCAAUCUUGGGACAGAUCCCUUCACAGGAAAUUCACAAUUUUUUUCAAAGGUCACGAUACACUAUUUCAGAAUUGGUGUCCUUUACAAUUCAAAUCGAAUUGCACAGAAUCACUGUAGCUCAUGAUCAAUGAAAAUUAAGAAAGAAAAUACAAUUUUUUUUUUACAUUGUACAGAGUUGUAGUCAAGUCCGUCACAGGUCGAUCACCAGUCUUAGUCUAAGACUUGAUUUGAAUUUUUAUUCCCCUAUUUGCAGCCAGCCCAAUGACAAAUGCGGAUAAGUUGCCGCAGUGGUGGUCUCUAGCAACUAGAUGAAUCAAAUUCAGUCUUGGCGAUAUUGGCGGCGCUACCCGGGAAAUUCCGAGCAUACCUCACGCGCAUGCAUUAGCUUCAAUACAGCGGGCAUGAGUUUCCCGGGUAGCGCUGCCAAUAUUGCCAAGACUCGAUUUGAUUCAUCUUGUUGAUAUUGACCUUGCUUUGUCAGCGACCGGCUGUAUAAUGGGAAUAGAAUCCAGUCUAAUCCAAGACUUAUAAAUGCAAGUCAUUUAGUCUUAAGUUCAGUGACAAAUUGAGCCAUAAGAAAGGCAUUCUUUGUCAUAUUGUUCAUCGUCCCCCUCUUAUUUUUGAGAUCUAUGAUUUCACUUGCGAUUUGAUGUGUGACGAACUUGUGAUGGACUGCACUACAACUUUACUCUGAUAGAGUAAUCCAUGUUUUCCCUACAAUUGUAGUUGUGUAAGUACUGAUCCCCCCCCCCCCCCCUUGGCAAAAUUGUCUUCAGUUUAUGAACAACUCAUUUAUAAAAGAACUCUAUGCAUAGUUUCUGUAUCUCUUUUUUAAUUAAAAGUCAAGCGGUGUUUUCUGUCUCAGGUGUAUUAAUAUUUAAUGAUAAAGCAUGAAUGCAUAUUUAUGGUAGUUGAGGCAGAUGCAAUAUAGGCCUACAUGUAUAUGUAUGGUCAAAAUAAUAUUUGGAUAGAGACUUGAGGUUUUGAGACUGGUCUUGUUUUUGUUAAAGUCAAUCAGUGAAAUAAGUGUUUUGAUUUACUGUGCCACCAUUUUGUUCUUUGUACCAACACCUUAAGUAUUCAACACACCCUGAUUAGGUGUGCAAUAAGGUUUGGUGCGUCAAAUAAUCAUGACCAAUAUAUUUUCUGCCUUUUUUUAUGCUUUAACCAAUUGUAGCUCGUACUCAACACAGCUUUGGGACACACUAGAGUAUAACUUGGAGAAGUUGCAGUCCAUUUCACAAAUUUUAUUGGGCUUAAAGACACCUAAACUUCAGUCCAGUGGAAAUUUAUGGAAGAGAUCUGUUGUAACCACAUGAAAAUAGGUUGGCAAUUCGGGCAUUAAGUGAUGUCCACGACACAGCUCAGUGAACACACCAGAAAAUGUAUUUUUAAAUCUUAUACAUCAAUUAUCUGGUAAUGGUCACAGAGAUUACAGACUAGGAGUUUGGGAUCAUUUUUCCAAAUCAUUAAUUUGAUAUCAUGGUUAAUUGUUUCUGUCAUAGCAUUACACUUCCUUUCUUAACACUGGAAUUGCCCAGGUCUUAACAUAGAUAAAUAUAUUUUUAAGAAAUGAUAUCCCGCUGAAGAUUUAUCUCUGCUCUUUAUAAGAAUCUGGAAAGUAACCAUUUGUUUUUCUCGGUAUCAGUACUGCUCAGGACUAUAAGACCUUCAUGUACAUGUGUAUAUUAAUUUUACAAUUUCUUUUAAAAACAUACCUUAAAAACCCUCAGAAAAAAAAAUCAUAUGCGUUCCAGUGCAAGCCAGCUGUGUCUGACACUCUCUCUUGUUUACCACCGCCUGUCACAUGACAUGAAAGAACCAGCAAAUGACGGGCUAGAUUCAAACGGGGAUAAUCCCCGCGAUCUUGCCCUGAUGAACAGUCUGAUGUUUCAUGUAUGCGAGGGGUGACAAGAACGGGGGAGAGAUUCGAUUCUAAGAAUAUAUUGAAUUUUUGUUAAGUGUACUUGAUUUUGGUAUCCGAAUAAAAGUUUUAGAAUGAAAAUGAACUCGAAA